AUGCUUCAUGCAAUUCCUGCUAUCUCUGGUUCCAUAAUCUAUAAGCUGCUAUACACCCCCGGCAGCACCAACUGCAAGAACAGUACUGCUCUCAAAACAAACAACCCAGUUUGGAUGCUGCUUGAAGACCAGCGACUGAUCACCACAACGCUGCCAUUGUCCGGGAUUGAAAAACUGCAAGAUGCCGGCCCUCAUGCUGAUGCUGGCUGGAGUUUUGCGCAGACAAAAUACAAGAGGGGUACACAAGCACUGGCUAUGAACUCAAUGGCGUCAAGGACUGAAGAGCAAAUCCACAUCCAUGUGUGCGAUAUCAAAGAUCGACCAUGUUAUCCGAGUUUCAGAACUCGUGAGAUACUGUCAUGCCUCAGUAAUGACACCGCGAGUCGUGCUGAGUAUAAAAACAUGAAACCGGUACCCUUGAUGCUUGGCGAUACGAAAUGCAAGGUGGCAGAUCACAAAGGCGACAAUAUUGACAUAGUAGGGGACAUCGAAUUGGAGAUACGGAAGAAAGAUUGCAAACUCAAUACUGGAGCGGGGAUCAUAACGGACAGCAAUAAUUUUACCUGGGCGUGCUUGACAGAUAGCACGAUGGCUGCUGAAUACAUAUUCUGUAACUAG